GAUACUUGUUUGCAGCGAAACCAGGGAAAGAGAGCAUUAUGAUCGAGCCCGUCGUAGAUCCUUCAUUACGAGAACCACCAAUAGCAGGCUCCUCAAGGGGAAAGCGGAAAGCAAAGGGGGGAAGCAGUUCUGGUAAUGCUGCCAGCACGAGCCGGAGGGGCAGGGGCAGGCCGAGACGAGCAAGGGGCAGCGAUGAUGGGGUAAGGGGCGUUAGUAGUACAGAUGGACAAACGCCCAACGUGCAAGACGCGUAUAAUGCUGAGAGCAGUAAACGACUGAGGAUAGCUUCGCCUUUUAAGCUACAUGCAGCCAUACAAGGUCGUAAAGAUACACUUUAUGGGUCUGGCUCUUCUGUAGCUGGCCCCUCGAGAAAGAGUUCGCGCAGUGGUGCUACAGGGAUGGAGUCUUUGGCUUCGGUGGCUGUAGCUCAUGACCCAAGAAGAAAUUCUUCUUACAACCGACCACCUUAUCCGUUCGGCUUGACUCCCUUCCGUUAUCCCUGCCAUAAUCUGGACUUACCACCACCUCCGCCUGGUAAUCCCAACGAUCCAAAUUUCAGGCCGUUUGAUCCCAGAGCUUUUCAUGAAGAGGGCGCCGCAUCAACUCUCUCUUCGAACGGUACCACUAGCAAGUCGACUCCCAUACACACUCCUGUAGAUCCAAGUUCAUCAGGCCCAAGUCGACAAUAUGCUUCUGCCACCCAUCAUCAUUAUCCCGCGCGGCCUCAUCAUUAUACGGGUGGUUAUCGGGCGAGUCAGGCAGAACUGGAAGCCAAUGCUCAUGCGGCUUAUGAGUCCAUAUCAGCACUAUUAUCUGCUUCUCAAUAUCCUGUAAUGGAUGAGCUGGGGGAUAAUGAGAGGUAUGGACCUGAGCAGGGUGCUUAGAAUACAGACUUCUUGCUUUUUGAGCGAGCUGUUGGGUCAUACGGGCGGAGUAUUUUUUAUCAUACUGCAAAAUGCUACUUGGGCUUAGAGUAUUUUUUAAGAACUUUGUAU